AUGCGAACUCAAUGUACCCGGCCAAAGCAGAAUGCACCAUUCUCCAAAGAUCUGUUCUUUCUGGGACGUUAUGGCUUCAAAGAAUUUUACCUGAGCCACACUCUGGUAACCCAAACCGAGGCGGCGGCACGAUGCAAAUUAUCAGAUAUGAACCUGGCCGUGUUUCUUACGCAAAAAAGUCUCGAUUUCGUGGGGAAUUUGACAGAUAUGGAUUUAUGCUGGACUGACGGGGUCCUCGUGAAUGCGGCGACGUCGUACAAAUGGUUGUACAGUGAAGACUACUUGAGCGACGAGUUCGCUUUCGAGGAAGGGACGCACAUUGGAUUAAGACUUUUGAAAGGCAAGGGGACCUCAAGUCUUACUCCGGGUGGAAGCAUGCAGUCGCAUUGUUACAUCUGCUACAAGUGGUUGGCUAAUGAAAACCCAUGAAAUUUCGUUAAAACAUAUAUAUCAGAUCGAA